UUUCAAACUCCACUGUAGUCCUUCUUGCCUUUUGCUAGUCAGUCUCGUCGUCGUCCUUGUUGAAUAUGUCUUCAUAUAAAUCAGCCGCGUUCAGAAACAAACUGCUCUCUGAUUCUUCGGAAUCAAAAUUUCACCCUCAAGUUCAAACACUCCAAGAAUUAUUCCCUACCUGGUCAAAUGAAGAUCUCCAGUCUCUCCUCAAUGAGGUCGGUGGUGAUCUCGAUCUUGCAGUGAUUCGAAUCAGCGAAGGGCACGCGGAACAAUGGGGCUCAGUUACGCGCAAAAAGGACAAAAAGACUCCUGUAGCUCAGCACGCACCGUCAAAGGACCCAAGCAUCUCACGUAGUGACUCGCGCGGCGGUCGAGGUGGGCGCGGGGGACGCGGCGGUCCUGGUAGAGGCGGUGGUCGUGGUCGUGGUGGCGCACGGGGUGCACCAGUCAAUGGUCAUCCUUCCUCUCGUGCCAAAGCUCAUGUCCCCGCUUCCGAAGACAAACCAGCAGUACAGGUUGAGGAUCUCACUGAACAUGCUGUUGAUAAACCAGAGUCAAAUGAAGGUUGGGGUGUUACACAGGACGCAAAUGAAUCGACUACAGCUAUGACCUGGCCUUCGGAGCCUACAAUUGCUGAAUCGACUUCUGCCCAAUUGCAGCCCACAAUAUCUGCUUCGUGGGGUGCUAAUACUGGAUGGGGUAACGUGGCUGCUGUGUCCAAACCUCCUAUAUCAUCUGCUAAAUUUCCGGCGACUUCCAAACUUUCCUGGGCUCAAAUUGCAAAACCACAAGAGAAACUCGUCGCAGCGUCACCUCCUGCACUUCCUGCGCCAGCAGUCGCCACUCCUGCACCUGAACCAGUCUUUGAACACGAUCCUCUUCCACCAUCUGUUAAUGGCGAUGCAGAACCAGUAUCGGAAGGUCGGGAGGAUCCGACAACUGUUCAGCCUCCUGAGUGGGAUGAUGAGCCUCAACUUCAACCCCAAACCCAACAUCAACCUCCUGCAGACGUUUGGAUUUCUUCUCAACCUCUGUCAACGUCGGAACCAGAACCGGUACCAGAGCCCCCGACUGUACAAGAGGAGCCCGCUGCUUCCGCACCCGAGCCUGUGGUCGUCGUGUCGGCUCUUCCAACCCAAAUUCAAAAGCAGGAUGCCCCCACUCGGUCCAAAUCGCCUGUGUCUCUUUCUUCCCGCCCUGCGGUUCGUGGCAAGUACAAGGGCAUCGAUCAAGCUGUUGUCAUGCCAUUGUCGACUGUUUUCACCCCUGGCCUUGAGAAAGUGGGCAUGCAAUUUGGAAGUUUGAGUCUUGGUGGGGAUGCCAUUGAGCCGACGCCCGUCGAACCUCCCGUAGCUGAACAGCCGCCAUCCCCACAGCAGGCCACUCAGCCACUCUCACCUCUUGCGCCUCCUGCACCUCCUGCACCCGUGCAACAACAAGAACUUCAACAGAGCACUCCCGCACCUGCACCGUCCGUUGCUACCUCUAUCGCUACUUCUCCCUCGCAGCCUGUUCUCCCUUCCCCAGUGCAGCCUGUCCUUCCCCCUUCACAAACAACGCAAUUUGUACCUCCCCAACCUACAGCACCAAUCCCGCAGGUACCUCAGCAUACUCUUGCACCCUCAAUGUCCCUUCCUACCCUUCCGCCGUCGAGCACCAGCUUCACUCAGCAGCCUCCCUCACAACCGCAGCACCAGCCUCAGCAUCAACACCAGCACCAGCCGCAACACCAACCUCAACACCAGCCUCAACACCAACCUCAGCAUCAACCCCAGCAUCAACCUCAGCAAUUACCCCAGCUUCAGCCGUAUGCCGCUCACUUGCACCUAGACAGCCCGCAAACACAGUCUCAACAAUACAGCCCUGCCCAGCAGGUGCAGGCCCAGUCUGCGGCCUAUUUCCGGCAAGAUGCACCAUAUUUCAAUGCACCAACGCCUCCUCAACAGCAGGAUUACAGUGCAUCCAUGAGUGGUGGUAUGGGUCCUUUUGGACAGAUUGGGACGCAGCAUCAGCAACACCAAUCACAAGGGAAUCACCUUAGUGGCUUUGGAGGUAGUGAAUACUACGGUGAUAAUCAACGCCAGGGCUUUUACGAAUCCUAUGCGCAAUCUCCAGGGUUUGGCGGCAAUCGCAAUGUCCUAGGUCACGAUGAUGUCAAGGGUCUUCCUACUUCCCAACACCAGCACCAACAUUCGCAACCCCCCUCGUCCGUCAUCCCUCCGUCUACGUCUCAGUCGUCGCAGCCUGCCGCCGCAAGCGCACAGCAACCCUACGCACCGCCAAUGCCCUACUAUUAUCCGUAUCCUCAAAACCAGUACUAUGGCAGUCCCUACAACCAAGGUUACCCUACGCCCUUCGUCAAGUACCCUGCUCCUACACCACCGGCGAUGUUCCAGCACCAACACCAGCCCGCAAAACAGAAUGACGGGUUGAGUAUGGGUGCGGGCGUGCAGCGCGGAUUUGGCGGGUAUGCAGAUGAAAUCGGGUACCACCAGCCCCCGCAACAGCAGACACAAAGCAAUCACCAUACACCCAGUGAGAGGCAAUUGUACGGACACGGUCAAGGGUUUUUGGGUCGCGGAGUAGCUGCACAGAGCGGGUCGCCUGAGGCUUCUUAUCGCAAAGAUUCAGCGCAAGGGGUUGGUGUGCAACAGCAACCUGCAGGCCGUGGUGUGCGAGGACAAUACCCGCAGGUGCAGGGUAAUUCAGAAGGUAAUUUCUACCCAUACCAGCCGAGUCGCCAAUACUGGCAGUAGGUGAAUGCGCAAUAGGCGCUUUCUGCCGAGUCUCGAUUUUUGUACGUAUGUGCCAUUGAUACUGACCAGUGUUACACGCGUUUUUCUUUCCCCGUUCGUGUUCACUUGCAUACUGUUUCUUCCUUUUAGUCUUGAUAUCACGUUUCUAUAGUCUGCAUUAUGUGUGUUGCAAUUGUAGUACCGUUCUAGCACCACUUUAUCAUAUUGUGAAUACGACUGGGAGGGCUCAUCGAUAUCGAGGAGCUCCCCGAUUGACGCGGUACUCUGACGUCUUG